AUGAAAUUCCUGAUUGUCCUUGCUGUGGUCGUCGCGGCUGUGUCCGCUGAUGACGAAAAGAAAACCGAAAAGCGGGGCCUUUCAUCCUUAGGCUACGGCUAUGACGGUUUAUCUGGCUACGGAGGUCUUGGAGGGCUUUCAACUUAUGGAGGAUAUUCAGGAUACGUCGCGCCACUAGCCAUCAGCAAGGUUUCUUUUACUACACCUCAUAACUCACUUGGAUACUCUGGCUAUGGCGGUUAUGGGGGAUAUGGCGGCUACGGUGGAAUUGGCGGUUAUGGAGGAUAUGGCGGAGCGGGUUAUGGCGGAGCGGGUUAUAGCGGAGCGGGUUAUGGUGGAUACAACAAACUUGGUGGAUACGGCGGAUACGGAUACAACAACCUUGGUGGAUACGGCGGAUAUGGCCUCGCUCCUGGACAUGGUGUCGCGAGUAGCUAUGGUGGGUAUGGUGGUUACGGAGGUUAUGGUGGUUACGGUGGCCACGGUGGCUACAGUGGAAUCAAUGGAGGUUUUGGCGGACUUGGCGGAUACCACCACUGA